AAUGUACAUAUAUAAUAGAUAUUACUUCGCAGAACUAGGGUUUUCCCUUUCCCUCCAACUCCCUCUCACUGAGUCUAGCGAGAUCGGAUUUUCUCAGCUAAUGCAAUAGGUUCUUCUCUCAGGUUAAGCAUUAUAGAAAGAGGAUGAUAGGAUGGUCAUGAAAUCUAUUAUCUACUAAAUUUCAACCUGACUUCUUGUAUGCGCCAAAGGUUAUGCCCAUUAUGGAUACUGAAAAUUCUAACAUUUCACGUGCUGAAGAAGUAAAGGUCCUAGCAAAUGAAGCAUUCAAAGCCCACAAAUAUGCCCAAGCUAUUGAUCUAUACACGCAAGCCAUUGCACUGAACGGUCAGAAUGCUGUGUACUGGGCCAAUCGUGCAUUCGCACACAUUAAACUUGAGGAAUAUGGUAGUGCCAUACAGGAUGCGUCAAAGGCUGUUGAAGUUGAUCCUAAAUAUUCGAAGGGCUAUUACAGGCGUGGUGCUGCUUAUCUUUCAAUGGGGAAGUUCAAAGACGCACUUAAGGAUUUUCAGCAGGUCAAGAAAAUCAGUCCAAAUGAUCCUGAUGCUACCAGGAAAUUGAAGGAAUGUGAGAAAGCUGUGAUGAAACUUAAAUUCGAAGAAGCAAUUGCUGUUCCUGACUCUCAAAGGCAUUCUGUAGCUGAUUCUAUAGAUUAUCAUUCUAUAGGAACGGGCCCUAGUUCAUCAUCAGUGCCCACUGAAGUGGCUGUAGCAGCAGUGGCAGUAGCAGUUGUGGCAGCAGUGAUGAUGAUAGUGGGAACAACAUUGGCCACAGUGGUAGCAAUAAUGGUGGUGGUGCUGGUGGUCCUUGGGGCACGUUGGUGGGGUAGCUGCAGUGGUGUCUUUCAUGAGGGUCAAAUACGCGACCUAGAUGUGGAGCCACAAUAUUCUGGUGCAAGAAUUGAUGAAGAUGUAGUUACUCUAGAUUUUGUGAAGAAAAUGAUGGAUGAUUUCAAGAAUCAGAAGUGCUUACAUAAACGAUACGCCUAUCAGAUUGUAUUGCAAACAAGAGAAAUGUUGCAAGCUUUGCCUUCUCUUGUUGAUAUAAAUGUUCCUGAUGGCAAUCAUUUCACUGUUUGCGGCGAUGUACACGGUCAGUUCUAUGAUCUCCUAAAUAUUUUUGAGCUUAAUGGGCUUCCCUCGGAUGAGAAUCCAUAUCUAUUCAAUGGUGACUUUGUCGACAGAGGAUCAUUUUCUGUGGAGGUCAUACUCACUUUGUUUGCAUUUAAGUGCAUGUCUCCCUCAGCCAUAUAUCUCGCUAGAGGAAAUCACGAGAGCAAGGGCAUGAACAAGAUAUACGGUUUUGAGGGCGAGGUCCGAUCCAAAUUGAGCGAAAAAUUUGUUGAACUAUUUGCAGAAGUGUUCUGCUGUUUGCCUUUGGCCCAUGUAAUAAAUGAGAAGGUUUUUGUAGUUCACGGAGGUCUCUUUAGUGUUGAUGGGGUGAAACUCUCUGAGAUAAGAGCAAUUGACCGGUUUUGUGAACCACCUGAGGAAGGUUUGAUGUGUGAAUUGUUAUGGAGUGAUCCACAACCUUACCCAGGAAGAGGUCCUAGCAAGCGUGGCGUUGGUCUUGCGUUUGGUGGGGAUGUGACAAAGAGGUUUCUGCAGGAAAAUAACUUAGAUUUAGUUGUGAGAUCUCAUGAAGUAAAGGAUGAGGGUUAUGAAAUUGAGCAUGAUGGUAAACUUAUAACUGUAUUUUCAGCCCCAAAUUACUGUGAUCAGAUGGGUAACAAGGGUGCCUUUAUUCGUUUUGAAGCGCCUGAUUUGAAGCCUAACAUUGUUACAUUCUCAGCAGUGCCACACCCUGAUGUCAAGCCAAUGGCAUAUGCAAACAACUUCCUGCGAAUGUUUUCAUGAUCGAUGUAGCUGAGUGGAAUGGCCAAUGGUAUAUUCUUUUGCUCAAUAUCUUUAAUGCUGAAGUGCAAGAGAGGCUUUCGGGUGGUGGGCCGGAGAAGUGCCGGUACAUGUUGACAAAAAGCAAUUUUAUGUUAUGGUGAUUUUUUUAGAGAACUUUUUUGUGUUGUUGGCAAGAAUGUGUUUUGAGGCAUCUGGUUUCGUGGUUUCGCCAAGGUCAACCCUGAACGUGAAGGCCAAUCUUGAUGGAAAGCUGUUUGUCCAUGUCUGCCAAGUGAAUGUAUGCUACUUUGUGUAUCUAUUGGUGCAAAGUUUUUCCAAAUAAAUUUGCAUUUCUCUAAUUACACUUUGCUGACUGAUAAAUGAUGGCUUCCCCGACGAGUUUCCCAUGCUCGUCCCUCCCCCGCCCCUGCCCCUGCCCCUGCCGCACGAGUGGGUAUUGUUCUUUUUUGCACUUGCUACGUUUUCCAUGUUUGAAUUUGUAAACUUUUGCACGUAUUCUUAAUUUCUACAAGGAUCGGAAGUUGAAUUU